AUGAACUAUUUAUUUACCAAGAGUUAUUUUCUAAAUGAGGAUUAAGAGGAGGAGGAUGAGUAAAGCUCAUUACAAGAAUCUUAAUAAAUAAAUACCUCGACUUAGACUAAGGAUAGAAAGCUAAAAUGCUAGGUUUGUAGCUCAGAAGACUUUAAAUACAAAUGCCCUGCUUGUCUCAUUCUCAGUUGUUCAUUGAAAUGUACUAAUUAGCAUAAAUAGCAAAGUAAUUGCUCAGGAUAAAAAGCACAUUUGACUAAGUAAAAAAUUUUAUUGAAUGAUUUCAACCUUAAUCAUCUCAAGAAGGAUAUGAAUUUCAUUGAAAAUGCAAUAACUCUAUCAAAUAAUGUCAAGAAGAAUUCAGUUGAAGUUGCUAAUGAUGUCAGAGUCUCGAAAAAAAUCAAGAACUUACGAUAUUUCUUGAAGAAAAAGAGGCAGGUAAUUUUCAAGUAAUGUCCAAAAUAAAUGAUCAGACACAAACUAAAUACUACAACCAUAGAUUCAAACGCUUAAAAUGCAAAGUAUAUACUAUGGACAGUUGAGCUGAUAUUUGUAAGCGAUCUUUAAGGAGGUUAGAGUAUUCUUGUAUUGCCUUAGCUUGGCACUAUAGUAUUGAAUGGUCAUGAUAUGAUAAAUGAGGAAACUUCAUUAGAUUCCCUAGUAAGCAAAACCUUUCUUAAGUAGAAGUUUCACAAUGAAUAAUUUAACCUUUUGAUAUCUAACUCCAGUGAAGAAUUGCUGAAUAGCUCUAAGAUUUUUAUUAAGAAACUUGAAAAAAUAUUGGAUGAGAAAGAUAUAGAAGAGGGUGAGCUUAGUGAGGUUGAUUAGCCAUUAGAGUAAAAAUAGAAUAUAAUAGAGCAGGCUGAGAGUAAAAAGGUGAAGGCAGUAUUUAAGGAGAUUGAUAGGAGCUUAAAGUUGAGUGAGGCUCUUGAGAAUUCUAUUAUUUAUGAAUACCCCACAAUAUACAUAAAACUUAAUUAAUGA